GAAAUAAAACUACAAAGAUAUAGACUGUCCUGCACCACUAAGUGAACACAAUGGGAUGCCUCGUUGCCUUGGCGAUUUUACUACACUUUGCAGCUGUGCAGGCCCAAGAAGAUGAUCACAUGUUACUUCAGGUCCUGUUUUACCAACCCAACAUUCCAGUCACCGGAAUGCUGAUGAUGUUUGACAAUGAGCAGAUGUUCCGUUAUAAUUUCUCUGACAACUCCACUAUCCCCAGGAUUGGAGAGUUCAAGAAAUGGGCAGAUCAAAGCGUUUUUCCCAGUCCCAAAAACAUCACGAAACGCCUGCAGCGAUGUCACAAUAUAUGGGAGAACCUGACCAAAAGUUUUGUAAAUGUUACACCAGAGGCCAAAGGAUUACCAGAUCUGAAGGUGUUUCUGGAAGUCCCACUACACAUAGGUGUACCCAAUAAGCUGAUCUGCUCCAUCGCUAAUGUGUUUCCACCAUCCAUCAGCGUCCCCUGGAGAAAGAACGGCUGGCCAGUGAAUGAAGGGAUAAGUUCCUCUGGUUACUUCUCUAUUGAUUCUGCAUUUCAGACCUUCUUCUACCUCAAUAUGACACCCACAUACCAUGACAGCUACUCCUGCAAUGUGAAGGUCGUUGGAGAGAAUUAUACAACUGUCAAAUACUGGGUUCCUGAAUAUCCUGUGCCCUCAGAUUUACUGGAAAAUGUACUCUGUGGUUUUGCUUUCGCUCUUGGUAUUGUCUUCUUGUUCUUGGGUGCUAUAUUCCUCUACUUGACAAAGAAGCUACACAAUACUGAUUGACACUCCAGAACUCUGCAGCAGCUGCUAAUGUCACCAGGGGGUUAAUAAAAGUGCUAAAUGCCACAUUAACCCUUUUUCAGGCGUUUGAUGGCGUACCUUCUACAGUGCC